AUGUCGGCAGGUAAAAGGAGGACUGCGAACGACAUUUCUGCAUAUGGUUCUCAUGUUAUGCAGUAUGGGGACGUAGGGCUUAGCAAGGACAAUCUUUUUGUGUAUAUGGGCACUAAUCCUGCAAAUGAAAACUAUACUUUUGUGGAUGAAAAUUCUCUUCGGCCGCGUUCAAAAGCUGUUAAUCAGCGUGAUGCUGAUCUUGUCCACUUUUGGGAGAAGUACCGCAAGGCACCUGAAGGAUCUGUAAGGAAAGUAGAAGCUCAGAAACAGUUCCAUGAGGCCAUGUCUCACAGGAUGCAUAUAGAUAACAGCAUUAAUUUUAUUGGAAAACUCUUAUUUGGAAUUGAAAGAGGGCCAGAAGUGUUGAAUUCUAUACGACCUGCAGGUCAACCUCUUGUUGAUGAUUGGGCUUGUCUGAAAACCCUGGUGAGGACUUUUGAGAGGCAUUGUGGAUCCGUAUCUCAGUACGGGAUGAAACACAUGCGCUCCAUUGCCAAUAUAUGCAGCGCUGGAAUCCGAGUGGAGCAGAUGGAUGAGGCAUCAGCUCAAGCAUGUCCAAGUCCUCCUUCCGGUCCAUGGAGUUCUCUUAAAAACGGUUUCAGUGCAUGAUUGAAGCAGAAUAAUAUAUACUGCAAUAUUUGUCUAGCUCCAGCCCUUUAGAUUCUAACCGCGGAGCCCCCCUGUUGGUAUUCUAAUUUUAAGCGUGGUCGCUUCCACACUGUACAUAUCAAUCAGAAGCACACCUCUACCCGAAUGUUUUGUAAUGACGGUCUAAAUUUGACACGCAGCCUGCAAGUGUGCCAGUUUAUGGUUACUGGGAUUUCUACGUUAGUGCAUAUAAUCAAAACCUCUUCUGUCAUUUAAAACUUUGACAGACAUAA